UGCAGCGGCUAGCAGCCUCGACUGACUGGAGGAAGUGUGUUGAGGGUUGAUGGGAGCAGAGCAGCAGUUCAGGCACAGAGCAGAGCUUCCAUUUUAACACGGCCAGCAGCAGCCAACAGCCAGUAGUAGGAGCCAGCAGCAACAGCCUGGGAGGGAGCAGCAGUGGGGGCAGCAGAGCCGGAACAAAGUGAGCUCACAGAAGAAGUGCCUCUAAUCACCGCAUUCCAGCAGAGGAGAGCCAGUCAACUUCCUCUAAGCCUGUGUGACGGGCUGAGAGCUAUUUUACUCGUCUUCACCUGGACUGGACUUUACCCACCUCUCCCUAGCAGUGUCUGACUGACGAAGGAUUUUAAAGAAAGAAGGAAAAUAAAAGUAACUUUCUUUGGAUUUAAAACGGAAGAAGACCCAGAUGUGAAGAUGGAGGAGGGAUACGAACUUGACCUGACUUAUGUGACGGAGCGCAUUAUCGCUGUGUCCUUCCCCCGGGCAUGCUCAGAGGAGAUCUACUUUCACAACCUGAAGGAUGUCACACGGAUGCUCAAGUCCAAGCACGCUGAUAACUACCUGAUUAUCAACCUGUCGGAGAAGAGACAUGAUCUCUCUAAAAUGAACCCUAAGACUCUGGACACGGGCUGGCCUGACCUGCAUGCUCCUCCUCUGGAUAAGAUCUGUACCAUUUGUAAGGCCAUGGAAAACUGGCUCAAUGCUGACCCUCUACACGUGGUGGUCAUACACUGCAGGGGUGGGAAAGGCCGAAUUGGAGUGGUCAUCUCAUCAUUUGUGCAUUUCACCGACAUAUCUGCCAGCGCUGAUCAGGCCCUGGACCGCUUUGCAAUGAGGAAGUACUACGACGACAAGGUCUCAGCAUUAAUGACACCCUCUCAGAAAAGGUACGUUUGGAUCCUGAACAGUCUCCUGAGUGGGUCGAUGAAAAUCAACGCCUCUCCACUGUUCCUGCAUUGCAUCAUUCUACAUGGGAUACCAAACUUUGACACUGCAGGAGUGUGUCGGCCAUACCUGAAAGUCUACCAGGGAAUGCAAGCUGUCUACUCCUCAGGGGUCUAUCACAUUGGGCCUGGACACAGAGACAGGAUAUGUAUCAGUCUGGAACCUGCUCAGAUGUUAAAGGGAGACAUCAUGGUGAAGUGUUACCAUAAGAGUGAUGUCACUUUGGAGCGUGAGGCAAUCUUCCGGCUCCAGUUCCACACGGGAGCAGUGCAGGGCUACAACCUGGUGUUCCAGAAAGAAGACAUGGAGACUGCCAAUAAAGAUCGCAGAUUUCUGGAUUACGGGAAAGUGGAGCUGGUGUUUUCUGAGGGCCCGGAGAAAAUCCCAGGUGCAGAGCGCUGGCAGAACGGGGCAGACGUACGUGUGGACUACAACACAGCCGACCCUCUGACACGAUGGGACUCUUACCAGAACAUAAUUGACACGGAAGUGCCCCGCUCUCAGGGACUGGCCCAGGACAAAGCCUCCCCAUCCAAAAGGAGCCCUAACGGGGAAGGAUCCACCACCCUGACCCUGGGCCGUGGAACCCACCAAGCCACUUCUACCACCAGCAGUCCCGACCACAGCGACCACGCCCUGUCAGCCAGCAGCGACUCAGGCCUGUCCAGCACCUCUCUGUGGACUGACAAACCCCCAGCCCCCAUCACCACAACCACCAGCUCCAGGCCCCAGCAAGGCCCCAGCCGUCAGGAGAAGGCCCAGCUGAAGCGCCUGCUGAGCGGGUUCGGCCUGGAGGAGAUGUCUGAAUGCGGAGGAGGACGGCCAGGAGUGAUGACCAUACAGAAGCGGAUACCAGCCCAGGUGCAUGGCAACGGGGACCUGCGACCCCCCAGGGAGAGGGAGACGGACAUCCUGGAUGAUGAGGUCCUCCUGUCGGGUCACGACCUGCGCAGCGUGGACAGCCUCGGGACCCUGUCGUCCUCCUGCCACAAGAGCAGCCAGAACUCCUUGCUGUCGGAUGGCUUCGGUAGCCCUGGGGGAGAGGAGCACCAGCUCCACCACCACCACCACCAACCCCAGCACCACCACCCAGCCCCGGCCACAAUGGAGGAGUACGAGAGAGCCUACGCAGAGGCCCGGAGGAGCUGCUUUGGCCAGAGGAGUGUCUCGGUCUCCACCCCCGCCACCGCCGUGCCGAUGCCCAAGCAGCAGGUCUACCGGCAGGGCAGCUACUCCACACACACCUGGGUGCGCCAACAGCAGAUGGUAGCAGCCCAUCAGUACGCCUACCUGCAGGCCGAGGAGGGUGAGGAGAGGGAGAGGUACCCAGGGGACAACAAACCACAAGGGGGAAGCCCACCCAAACCUCCAGCCCUUACAGUGUCACAACAAGGACCCGUGCUGAGUAUGAACACUGCUGCCUUGAGAACGGUGGUGGCACCACAGACACACAACGAGCAGCCUCCUGCAGUCGUCAACAAUAACAACAACAGCCGAGACGAAGAGUUCAACUCUUUGACUGUGGACAUUGAUAACUCCAUCGACCAGCUCAACCAGUUGAUCAUGGACCUGGACCCCACGUUCGUGCCUGUCCCCACACGCUCCAGCUCGGUCAAGAGGAACGGCGGGGAGCAUGUGAAUGGCUCAGCCACCACAAACGCCACCUCCACCGGGUGCCCCAACGGAGUCAGUCCCAGAGUCACAGAGAACAGUACAGCCACACUGCAAAGCACACAGCCGUCAGCUGCUCCAUUGUCCGUUGGUGACGUCAGAGUGGACUCCAUGCAGAGUCGGCAGGGCAGUGAUGUCACAGAUCACCCAGGAUUCGGUGGCUCACGCUGGGGCGUGCAGGAGGAGUAUAAGAGCACACGGACCUACUCACCCUGCGUACCUCACUCCCAGCAUGGCAUGCUGUUCAGGAGUGACAGUGUGGACUACAGAACUCAGGGUCCAAAGAUGGACAGUGGAGUGGAGGCUGGUAGUGACAUGACUCCUACUCCUGCCUUCCCCAUCUCUCCCCCUACACCUUACGUGAAAAACAUGGCGGAAUUCACUCACCUGAGGCAAACUCCAUCUCCCAGCAUGCAAUCAUAUGGAGCUUACAGGACGGAGCAUGAGCCCAGAGGUUACUUAGAGAUGAUUGGUCAUGUUCCCCAGUCCGCAGAAGAGGGCCUUCCAGACUCUUCCCCCAGCUGCCAUAGGUCCUUCGGCUCCUCUCGCUCGCCGUUCAUUAGUGGGAUGCCACAACGGACAGACAGCUCCUCCAUGGGUCAGCCCUGGCCAGAGGACAGAGCCCUCCACCCCAACUCCAUGUCCUUGGACUACAGCCACCACUCCCCUCCCAUGCACCCCCAACCCCACUCUCAACCUACGCCCAACGCCCACAGCUCCCCCCGGGGCAGCCAGCAGAGCCACAUGGCACACUAUGGCCUCACCCACAGCCUUGCACACAGCUUCGACGAGCAAGACAACUUAGGCCUGGGGGGCUAUGGUGCAGCCGACUGCCCACCCUCUGCCUCUCCUCUACUGGGGAACGGAGGCAUGGAGAGGGGCCUGUACAUUAUGGGUUCCGUGGAUCGGCUGGGCACCAUCCGGACCCAGCACCUGCCGCAGCAGCAGCAGCUCCAGGCCCAGGGGACCUUGCCUCCACUGCUGCCUGAGAAGAGGAGGGAGUCGGACGGGGAGCACUCCUUGGGCACAGCCUCCCCAGCCCCGAGCGGAUUCUCCAGCCCACAUAGCGGAAGCUCCCUCAGUAUCCCAUUUCCCAACAUCCUGCCUGACCUCUCAGCCUCUGCACAGAUGCCGGGCACCGCUUCACCUCUGCCAGAUGUCCUGGCCAGCAAGCAUGUGACUGUAAACUUUGUGCAAGACACAUCGAAAUUCUGGUACAAGCCUGAUAUCUCCAGGGACCAAGCAAUCUCAGUCCUGAAGGACAAGGAGCCCGGAUUUUUCAUAGUACGGGACAGCCACUCCUUCAAAGGAGCCUAUGGGCUGGCCAUGAAGGUGGCCACACCCCCUCCCUCAGUCCUGCAGCCGAGCAAGAAAGGUGAUCUGUCCAAUGAGCUGGUCCGUCACUUCCUGAUUGAGUGUACACAGAAAGGAGUUCGGUUGAAGGGCUGUCCCAAUGAGCCCUACUUUGGUAGUUUAACUGCGUUGGUGUGUCAGCACUCCAUAACUCCCUUGGCUCUGCCCUGCAAACUCAUCAUACCUGACAGAGAUCCUCUUGAAGACGUGGUGGAGAAUACUGCUCCACAAUCUGUCACCAACUCUGCUGCUGAGCUCCUUAAACAAGGAGCAGCGUGUAAUGUGUGGUUCCUGGGCUCAGUGGAGAUGGAGUCUCUGACAGGGUACCAGGCUGUGCAGAAGGCCACCAGUGUGACAUUGGGCUCAGACCCCCUGCCCACCUCCACCGUGGUCCACUUGAAAGUCUCCUCACAGGGAAUCACCCUCACCGACAACCAGAGGAAGUUGUUCUUCAGAAGGCAUUAUGCAGUGACCACUGUCAUCUUCUGUGCAUUGGACCCUCAAGAUCGGAAGUGGAAAAAAGACGGCUGUACUUCAGCAAAGAUCUUUGGCUUUGUGGCGAGGAAGACGAGCAGUGGGCAGGACAACGUGUGCCACCUGUUCGCCGAGCACGACCCCGAGCAGCCCGCCAGCGCCAUCGUCAACUUCGUCUCCAAGGUGAUGAUUGGCUUCCAGAAGACCAAGUAGCCCUGCAACGCUGCUAGCUAAUUGGCUAGUGGGGCUGUUUCUAAAACUUAAAACCGUACAACCCUCAACUUGAAGGUUGUGAGCCAGGACUUGGACAGGAAGGCAGUGGAACAGAGUUCCAUCCACAGAACUAGAAUGGGUUUUGCGAGAUACUAUUUCUAUGGUUACACUACCUAAGAAUGGGAUACAAUUGAUAACAGAAUAAUCUAGAGGCGAAAGAAACGCACACCUAUUUAGGUGAGGUGCUGGCUAGCGGAGUGGAACACCUAUUUAGGUGAGGUGCUGGCUAGCGGAGUGGAACACC